AUGCCAAAGAAACCCAUAUAUUCAUCAGAACAGAAAACUGAAUUUGCUACAUGGUCAGCAAAUGCUGAAAAAGAUGUUUACCUUCAUGAUACUAGUCUUGAUGAGUCCAACAUAUUUUCCUAUCCAGAAGACCCUGGAAAUGAUGAUAAUUUUAAGGAUCCAUUUGAAUUGAGUAACCCACUGGGCGAAGGCUCAUGGAUAAAUUUCGAAGAGCAUUCUGGCUCAAUAUUAAAAGAUGAAAAUGGAUCAGUCAUUGAAAGCAAUUAUAAACUGUCAAGUCUUGAAGGCGACAAAGUUCUUGCAAGUUCAUUAACCACCAUCCUUGCCAUGAAGGAGGAAUCUACAUUAGAACAAUCGGGAUCAUCUAUUGAACCUUCAAUUGCUCCCAUGGUUCCUUCAAAGUUAUCUUGUGUCGUUGCUGCCACCACUACCUCGUCAGGAUCCAUCCACGAGGAUGCUAAUGAAUCGAAACACGAACUAAAAAUCACAGUUUCUCCACAAUUACUUCUCUUGUUGGUGGGUUGCUCCUUCUCAUUGGGAUACCUCAUAGGGUUACAAGGUUAUAAAUUCCUCAAGGAUCAAAGGAUUAGGUAUAAAGCUUUCCAAUAA